AUGUCCUCCCCGAACCAGGCGCCAGUCGGCGCGGCGGACCGGCCAGACAAGCUCAAGAUCGUGCAGGCGGAUGACAUGGACGUCAGCGAGCAGGAGAAUGCAGUUGGAUACAGAGAGUAUCUGGAGGCUCUGGACGUUGAGCCGACCGUGAGAGAGUUGAGAAAGCUGCGGUGGAAGAUCGACCUCAUCAUUCUUCCCAUGUUCCUCAUCACGCAGGCCCUGCAGUUCAUGGACAAGACGUCGCUCAACUACGCGAAUCUGUUUAACUACCAGGAUGCCUUGGGGUUGAAAGGGAACCAGUUCAACUACCUGUCUGCGAUGGUGUACGCCGGUUACUUCUUUGGCCAGUACCCGUGUGGCUGGCUCAUCGGACGGUAUCCGGCUCAGAAAGUCCUGGCAAUCAGUGUCCUCGCCUGGGGGGUGUUGGUCAUUCUCAUGACGCAGGCUCGGUCCUACUCCAGCGCACUGGCCGUUCGAUUCAUCAUGGGGAUAUUUGAAGCUGCCGUUACGCCGGGUUUGACCCUGAUGACUGGGUUCUGGUACACCAGGCGAGAGAUCCCGCUGCGUCAAUGCAUCUGGUACUCCGCACUAGGCUGGGGUGGAAUCAUCGGAUCCUACAUCUCCAUGGGCAUUUCCAAGCUCCCCACGGAUCUCGGUGGCGUCACCUGCCUGUGGGCCCUGGUCAUCUGGUUCUUCAUGGCGGACUCUCCAACCAACGCCCACUUCUUGAGCCACCGUGAGCGUCUUAUUGCGGUCAAGCGUGUCGCCAGCAACGAGACUGGCAUCAAGAACAAGCGCUUCGACCGGAAGCAGCUCUGGGUCGGCUUCACGGACCCGAAGAUGAUCCUGCUCUUCAUCAGCGUGUUUGCGGCGGCAAUUCCCAACGGCGUCGUCAAUUCCUUCUCCACCGUCAUCAUCCGGGACAUGGGUUUUGACACCACGAAGACCACCGAACUCAAGUCUGUGGGAGACGCAGUCCAGGUCGUGGCGUUGCUCAUCGGAGGCGCCAUUACUCUGAAUAUCCCCAACUCCCGCCUGCUGACGGCCACCGUGGCCAACCUCCUCUGCACCGUCGCCGCAGCCUGCAUGGCAUACCUUCCCCGCUCCAACACCUGGGGCCGGCUCGUCUCGUUCUGGCUGGUCAACUCGCAGUCUGUCGGCUUCACCGUGUCGCUGACCACCAUCUCGUCCAACAUGGCCGGCUACACGCAUCGUUCGCUCGCGAGCGCUCUGGUGUUCACGGCGUACUGCUGGGGCAACUUUGCUGGUCCUUUUGUCGUGAAGGAAUCCGAUGCGCCGAGAUACGAGGGUGCCGCCAUCGGCCUGUUAGUCGGCUAUGCCAUCAAACUCGGCUGCCAUCUCGCUCUUCUCGGUAAGUAA